UUUUGUGUAUACGUUCAUUUGCUCCUCUCCAACAGAGAGACUAUCUCUUAACCUAUAUGUAGAAAAUUUUCUUACUUAGCAACUAUAAUUCGACUUCCUUACAUAGAAUUUGGUUCGAGAAUUUAUUAUAUGGCAUAUGCGAUGAAAGAAGACGACGAUAUUUUUCAUUCUCCAGAAAAAACAAUGGAAGAUAGAGAUGAAAAACAUGAUGUUGAUGUUGAUGAUGAGGAAAAGAAGAAGCUUGAGCUUAUGCUAACCACUCUUAAAAAGAGAGAUCCCUCCUUCAAGGAUGUAGAUGAGCAAACGCUUAGAAGGUUUCUGCGCGCGCGAGAUCUCAACGUGGAGAAAGCAUCUACAAUGCUAGCCAACUGCUUAACAUGGAGACGAACCUUCGUUCCAAAGGGCUUCGUUUCAGAAUCAGAGGUGCCAAAUGAGAUAGCUCAGAACAAGAUGUUUCUGCAAGGAACAGACAAGAAAGGCCGCCCCAUUUCCGUUGUCUUUGGUGCUAGACAUUUUUCCAGGAAAGGAGGCCUCGACGAAUUCAGACGUUUCUUGGUGUUUGCCCUUGAUAAAUUGUGUCAAAGGAUUCCUGAUGGAGUGGGGAAGUUCACGAUCAUCGGAGAUCUGCAAGGAUACGGAUAUUGCAACAGCGACGUUCGUGCAAAUCUCGCAGCUAUCACCAUUUUACAGGAAUACUACCCAGAGAGGCUAGGGAAAAUGUUCAUUGUUCAUGCACCGUAUAUAUUUAUGACAAUGUGGAAGCUUGUCUACCCGUUUAUCGACAAAAAGACGAGGAACAAGGUUGUGUUCGUUGAAGAUAAGAGACUAAAGGAGACUCUGGUGGAGGACAUAGACGAAAACCAGCUGCCGGAGAUCUAUGGAGGCAAACUGCAGCUUGUUCCGAUUCAAAAUGCCUAGCUAGUUACUUCAUUUAGAGCACAAACAUGAAACUUAUAAUGCUUGUGCUUGAGUGUGAUGUUAAUUUGCAUGUGCACAUUUAAUGUUUUGAAAACUCUUAUGCUAAAAUUAUCUUUGGUUCA